AUGUCAGCGAAACUCGAACAGCUCUCAAGAGAGAAUGAGGAACUUCGAAGUAUUAACUGGUGUCUUCUUCAAGAGAAAGCAGACCUCCAGAAAAGCAUUGCAGAACUCCACGGAACAAAUGCAGCUAACAGGAAGGAACUGCAAGAUUUGCGUCAGAAGCUUUCUGCUGCAGAGGAGCAGUUUUUGAAGGAGCAACAAGCACUCUCAUCACAAGUUCUUGAUCUUGAGAGAAAACUGGUUGAGAAAGAAGCUAAUCAGGAGAGGUUGAACCCAACACCACUAAGCAUUGCCAGAGAUACUGAGAAAUUGCAGUUCUACACUGGGUUUAAAACAGUUGAGCGUUUCAAGAGAUUUUAUGAAUUUGUUCAUUUGGGCUAUGAGAACUAUAGGAAGACGUGCAGUCAAGGAUCAACGAAGAGUGGGAGACCACAAAGGUUUAAUUUGGAAGAGCAGUUGAUUCUUGUGUUAAUCCGAUUAAGAGUCGGUCUGCUUGAGAGAGACUUGGCUUACAGGUACUGCACAAGUCGUGCAUACAUUAGUGAAAUGCUCUCCUUUUGGACCGAGUUUUUAAGCGAGUACCUCAGCAGAACGCCAAUAUGGCCAUCUCGAGAAACUGUCAAUGACUUCAUGCCGCCUGUGUUCAAGGAAUCCUAUCCAUCAACAAGAGUGAUACUGGACUGCACUGAACUCUACAUCGAAACUCCAAGUGACUUUCGUGUUCAAAGUGACACCUACUCUGUUUACAAGAGUCACAAUACAGCAAAGGGGCUCAUUGGAAUAGCUCCCAAUGGUUUUGUCACUUUUGUUAGCAAUCUUGCACCUGGCAGAAUUUCAGACAGGGCACUAGUCAAGCAAAGUGGUCUUUAUGAUUUACUCGAGGAGGGAGAUUCAGUGAUGGCUGACAGAGGCUUCAUCAUUGCGGAGGACCUGGCCACACUGAAGGUCGACCUCAACAUUCCACCAUUUUUAAAUGGUGCUCCUCAGCUCUCAGUUGCAGAUGAACUUAGAACAAGAAGCAUUGCGAAGGCACGUAUUCAUGUCGAACGUGUUAUUCGACAGAGGGUGUGA